UGCCAUCACGUGCCAUGUAGGAGGAAAAUCUCGCUGUUAUAAUAAUGUUACAAAGGUAGAAAGUUUGAAGCUGGUUGGCUGAUGUUCUGGGGGAAGCUCAGCAGCGUGCUCAAUAUAUUGCAAGAGAUAAGAGGGACCAGUUUAUUUUUCCAUUGCAAAAAUGGGCUCCAGCAUCUUCCCACUCUGCCUGGUGCUUUUGUUACAUCAUGUGUGUGGUACUCCGGUGUCUGUUGGGCACCUCUCCAGUGAGGCUGCAGCAGAUGCUGAUGUUGGUGAAAUAUCCAAAGACAUUCCAGAAAUAAACUUAGCUGCUGGACUGGACCUCUUUCAGGGUGAUAUCAUGCUUCCUAAAAGUCAGCGAAAUGCCCUAAGAAAUGAGACCUACAGAUGGAAGUUCCCUGUUCCCUAUAUUCUGAGUGAUAACCUAGAUCUGAAUGCCAAAGCAGUCAUUCUCCAGGCGUUUGAAAUGUUUCGCCUUAAGUCUUGCAUUGAUUUCAAGCCAUAUGAAGGAGAGAGUACCUACAUAUUCUUUAAAAAAGAAAGCGGGUGUUGGUCCAUGGUGGGGGACCUGAAGACUGGCCAGGACCUCUCAAUUGGGGCAGGGUGUGACACCAAAGCAAUUGUGGAACAUGAGAUCCUGCAUGCUCUGGGAUUUUAUCAUGAGCAGUCGAGGUCAGACCGGGAUGACUAUGUGACCAUCUGGUGGGAUGAAAUUAUUACAGGCAGAGAGCACAAUUUUGAGAAGUAUGAUGAUGGCUUCAUCACUGACCUGAACACCCCCUAUGACUACGAAUCAUUGAUGCACUACGCACCAUUUUCAUUUAACAAAAAUGAAAGCAUCCCCACAAUCACAGCGAAGAUACCAGUGUUUGACAGCAUAAUUGGACAACGUCUAGACUUCAGUGCCAUUGACCUGGAAAGACUCAAUCGCAUGUAUAACUGCACUUCAACUCACACUUUUUUGGAUCAGUGUUCUUUUGAGUUGGACAAUAUCUGUGGCAUGAUUCAGGGCACCAGAGAUGAUCUAGACUGGGUCCAUCAACAGAGCAGUGCUAAUGGGGAGGAAGACCACACACUUUCUGGGCGCUGUAGAGAUGCUGGCUACUUCAUGUACUUCAGCACCAACUCUGGCCAGGCGGAUGAGGUGGCGGUCCUAGAGUCUCGAAUUCUUUAUCCAAAGAGAACUCAACAAUGCCUCCAGUUCUUCUAUAAGAUCACGGGAAGCCUUUCUGACAAGCUGGUCAUCUGGCUUAAAGAGGAUGAUGGCACUGGAAAUAUUCGCAAGAUGAGGAGAAUUCAAACCUUUCAAGCGGAUAAUGACUAUAACUGGAAAAUUGCCCACGUAACCCUCAACGCUCAGAAGAAGUUCCGGUACCUCUUCCAAGGACUAAAGGCUGACCCCAGCUCUUCAUCUGGUGGGAUUGCUAUUGACGAUGUGACACUGACAGAGACUCCCUGUCCCACAGCUGUGUGGGUCAUUCGGAAUUUCAGCCAAAUCCUUGAAAAUGGAACAACUGAUGUUAUUCAGAGCCCCCGGUUUUAUAGCCCUGAGGGUUACGGUUUCGGGGUGAGUUUGUAUCCCCACUCCAGAACCAGUGGCUACAGUCGCAUUGCCUUUCAUUUGUGCAGUGGAGAGAAUGAUGGUGUUUUGGAGUGGCCAGCUCUGAACCGCCAAGCUACACUCACAGUGCUGGACCAGGACCCUGAUGUCUUGAAAAGGAUGUCCUCGAGUAGAAGCUUCACCACGAGCACAGAUCACAUUAGCUCUGAUGCUAACGGAACCUUAAUAUGGGAGAAACCAUCAAUUGUUGGAACAUUCGAUGCUUCAUGCAAUUGCUAUAGAACUGUAAACUGGGGGUGGAAUACCUUCAUAUCCCACAGCCAGUUGAGACGGAGAAGCUUCCUGAAAAAUGAUGAUUUGAUUAUUUUUGCAGAAUUUCAUGAUAUAAUUCAUCUCAAUUACACUGAAGUCCCUGUUGAACCUGAACAACCUGCCUUCAUGGAAGACCUCGUUCUUGAAAGGCAGAAGAGAGCAGCCCUAGAUAUGGAGCCCAUUCAAGACCAGUUGCCUUAUCUGCGAGACCCGUGUGAGCCAAACCCUUGCCAGAACGAUGGAGUCUGUGUGAAUGUGAAAGGGAGAGCAAGCUGCAGGUGUCCAUCAGGACAAGCCUUCUUCUUCACGGGUGAAAGGUGUCAGUCAAUGCAGGUCCAUGGGAACAUCCUGGGAAUGACAGUUGGUGGAAUUGCUGGAACCAUUGUCUUAACCAUUGCCCUCAUUUCUGUGAUGGCUAGAAGAUAAAGAGCUGCAGGGGGUUAAAUCUCAGCCUGAUCUAUUCCAUAGAUUAUAAAACAUCAGUUUUCAAUGAAAAAUGAUGAAUCCCACUUAUAGAAGACCAGUCAGCAUAUGGAAGAAAUGCUCUACUAACAGCCUGGCAGUGAUCUGUUUAUUCUGUACAACUUGACAGUGAAUGAAUAUCCUGUAGAACUACUGUCUAAUGAAAGUCCAUACGCUACCUUUCUUGUGUACUCUUUGCAUGUUUCGUUUUUUCAUCCAAUAGCAAGUGGUGGUGCUGAGAGUCAACUGCAGUUCAAACUUAGAUGAAAUAACUGGUAGAACCUCUCAAAACACUAGCAAAAGUCACACAGAACACAUAUACUAAGCUUCUAGAAAUGUUUCUGUAGAAAUUACUGAAGAAAUCUAAAGAGUACAAAUCCAUAGGUAUGUAAAUCAGUACCUAAAUACUCGUUUUCCAUGGAGCUGUACUGGUUUACAAAAGCUGAUUAGCUAUUACAUAGAAUUAAUAGUAAAUUACAGUGAUACAUUUUUGGCCAAUUCUCUAGCAUGGAAAUAAUUUCACAUUAAAGCCAGUUGUUUCUCCAGAAGGCCUCACCACACAAGGUUUUCAAAUAUUCAAGUGUAAAUCUAUUUUUGGGCAUAAUCCAAGGGUUUUUUAAAUAACCUAUAAAACCCCCAUGAUUUCUAGAUGAAAGCUGAGCAGAGUAUCCGUUAUCAUAGGAUCGGAUCUGUAGUGGUUACCAUUAAAUUAAUAUCUUUUUGGAAAUCAUCAUCUCACAAGUCAAGGAGAGCAGUGGGAGUGUAAGAAGAUGAAGACUGUGCCUGUGGUACUAGAAUGCAUUGGAUAUGGUGUUAACACCCCAGAACUUAUUGCAGAUGGCAGGAAGAAACCCAUCUAGUAUAAUGUCCUGAGACCUCUGCUUUCCAGGGGUCUAACAG